GCUAUUACGUCAGGGAUGGGGGACUCGACCAAUCAAUCGCUACGCAGGACGAGCAGACGAUUGCAGAGCUCUGAGGGACGGAGAGAGGCCGGUAUGGCGUUGCUCCAGCGAGGCCUCUCCAGCGGGGCUGGCUCUUUGUCGAAGUUGAAGAGGCUGGCGGGGCUGGAGAGGCCGGUGCUUGGAAGCAAUGUACAUAACCAAUCUAGACUAUCAAGCUCAUUGCCAGAAGAACAGAAGGCAUCUUUACAAACUGGACCAGAUUUACAAGACUUUGUAUCUGGGGAGCUUUCAGACAAAACUAAGUGGGCAGAUUAUAAAGGCAAGUUAAAGCGUCAAAAAGGAGAAAGACUCAGACUACCUCCGUGGCUGAAAACCGAGAUUCCAAUUGGGAAAAAUUAUAACAGAUUGAAGAACACACUGCGCAGUUUAAAUCUCCAUACGGUAUGUGAGGAAGCACGGUGUCCAAACAUUGGAGAGUGCUGGGGUGGGGGUGAAUAUGCCACUGCGACAGCUACCAUAAUGCUGAUGGGAGAUACGUGUACGAGAGGUUGUCGCUUCUGCUCAGUCAAAACAGCAAGAAGUCCUCCUCCAUUAGAUCCUGAUGAACCAUUUAAUACAGCAAAAGCAAUAAGCGAAUGGGGGUUGGAUUAUGUUGUGUUGACCUCUGUGGACAGAGAUGAUAUUCCUGAUGGUGGAGCAGCUCACUUUGCAAAGACUGUUUCUCAUUUAAAGAAAAUCAAUCCCAAGAUAUUGGUGGAAUGCUUAACUCCUGAUUUCCGAGGGGAUCUAAAAGCAGUAGAAGAAGUUGCUUUGUCUGGACUAGAUGUGUAUGCCCACAAUGUGGAGACAGUUCCAGAAUUGCAGAGAAAUGUUCGUGAUCCUCGAGCAAAUUUUGACCAGUCCCUGAGUGUUUUGAAACAUGCCAAGAAGGUUCAGCCUGAUGUUGUUUCUAAAACAUCCAUCAUGCUCGGUUUAGGUGAAACAGAUGAACAAGUACACGCAACACUGAAAUUAUUACGUGAAGCAGAUGUGGAUUGUUUGACGUUGGGACAAUACAUGCAACCAACAAAGCGACACUUAAAGGUUGAAGAGUAUGUUACUCCUGAGAAGUUUAAAUAUUGGGAAAAAGUAGGAAAUGACCUUGGAUUUCACUACACAGCUAGCGGGCCUCUUGUGCGUUCUUCAUACAAAGCAGGUGAAUUCUUCUUGAAAAAUUUAGUGCAGAAAAGGAAGACAAAAGGCAUCUGAAUCCUAUAGGAGGAAUUCUACAACUCUUAAUGAGUAAUAUUCCAGAUGGUUGCAUCAUAAACAAACUGUGUAAGGAAUAGGCAUUCAGAAGGUUUGUGUUGAUUUAUCAGAAUGAAACACAGCCUUGAAAUAUUCAGUGGUCUGGUACUUUUUCAAAUAUAGUUUUCAAUAGUUAUGUAUUUAAUGGCUUCAAUAAUACAAUUAAUGGCUCUAAUACAAGAAAGUGGGUGGCAGAAGCCACAGGAAGAGAUAUACAUACAUUUGGAAAAUCAGUUAAAUGUAUAUUUGAAAUACAGCCAUCCUGAGUCGCCUUCGGGCUGAUAUGGGUGGGGUAGAAAUGACGUAAAUAAAUAAUAAAUAAAAAUCAUGAAAUAAAAAU